AUGGCCUUCCUAACCCCCAUGGCAAUCCUAGGAGGAAUCCCCUCCAAAAUCCCCGACUUCCCCGCCUCCCUCGUCCUCGCCAUCUUAUUCCUCUCAAUCGCCAUAACAAACAUCAUAAUCUUCAGAGGCAAUCUCUCCAAAGGUCACAAAUUCAAACUCUCAAUCUUCAUGAUCGGUUUCUCCAUGUCCCGAGUCGUCACACUAUCCCUCCGAACCGCCUGGAGUUUCAAACCAACAGAUGUAGACCUGGCGAUAGCAAACCAAGUCUUCAACGCCGCAGGUGUAAUAGCUUUAUACAUCCUAAACCUAAUGUUCUGUCAUCGACUUUUCCGGGCAAGACAUCCUUCCGUUGAACAUGGUAAGAGGAGGAAAAUAUUCUAUGGGAGUUUUGCGGCGAUAUAUGUUGUUAUCGGGUGUACUUUCGUAUUGGUCAUCUCGACGACUAUUUGGAGCUUCUUCACCCAGGAUACUAAGUUACUAAUGAAGUUUUUGACGAUAAGAAAAGUUGGUGGCACGAUUUUGGCGGUUAUUGCCUUUUUACCGUUUAUUAUCGUGCCCAUUGCUUUGUUUACGCCGCAUAAGGGCGUGGAAACGAGUUUGGGGGUUGAGAGGAGAGCUGAGGGAGGGUUUUGGUUGAAGGGGUUGAUUAUUUUGGUUGGAGCGUUUUUCUUGGCAUUCGGCGCCGGCUUCAGAGCAGGAGUUGCGUAUACACCCCCGAGACUAAGAUUUAACCCAGCAUGGUACCACUCGAGGGCCGCAUACUACGUUACAUACUUCGUAUUCGAGUACAUCGUCGUCCUGUGGUUUACGAUCAUGAGAGUCGACCAACGGUUCUCGGUUUACGAUAAGGAGGAUAGGUUGGAGACUUUGAAGGAUAGUUCUGAUGGAACUUUGAAAAGAGCGGAGGCUGGGGAGGGGAGUGGAGAGGGUACUAGUGUAUAG